CACAAACUUACUUCUAGCACUAUCAUGGGAUCAUCUGGAUGUUUGCUAAACUUCUCUGUCUCUCUGCUUCUUCUGGCUCUCUGGGGAGACUCUUUUGCCACACAGGAGUAUGAUGAUUAUAAUGGGGAGGAACAGCUUAAUGACACAAGCCUCACUGAGAAUGUCCUGUGUCCACGAUCCCUGCCAGGGGAUAUAGUGUUUUGGAAGAACCAGACAUUCCUCUCCAUCUCGGAGCAUUCUAGGGAGCAGCUUAGAAGUUCCAUUACAGUGGUGCUCAUACCCUCUCUCUACACAGUGGUUUUCCUUGUGGGUUUACCAUCAAAUGGCCUUGCACUUUGGGUGUUGGCAACCAAGGUCAAGAAGAUGACUUCCACUGUCUUCCUGAUAAACCUAGCAGUUGCUGAUCUUUUGCUUAUUCUCAUGUUGCCCUUCAAGAUCUCUUACUAUUUCUUGGGCAACAACUGGAUAUAUGGGGAGGUAAUGUGCAGGGCCUUAACAAGCUGUUUUUAUGGGAAUAUAUUUUGCACUAUCCUGCUCCUCAUGAGCAUCAGUGUGGAUCGCUAUGUGGCAGUGGUGCAUCCUUUUUUCUCACGGACAUUUCGAAGCAAGUUUUUUGCCAUAUUCAUGUGCUCUGCUUCUUGGCUCAUCUCUUUUUUAUCCAUCUUGCCUUUGACCACAUUGCGACAGUCUUACCCCCUAUCAGAGACAGAUCUCAUCCUGUGUCAUGAUGUCCUUCCUAGGCAUGAGCAAGCAAGAUACUUGUUUUUGUAUUUUAUUUGCCUUAUUGCCUUAGGUUUCCUUCUGCCUUUGAUUAUCAUAAUAUUUUGUUAUGUUUCUGUCAUUCGAGCACUGAUGUCGAGCGGGGAGAAAUAUGCCUAUGCAGUAAAGCUAACUGCCCUAGUAUUGGUCAUAGUAGUUUUAUUAUUGACACCAAGCAACAUAGUGCUUCUGAUCCACUACUCUGAGGGAUGCCUUCAUGCCUACGGUGAUCUAUACCUAACCUACAUGCUCUGUUUGGCCAUCAGUUCUUUCAACAGUUGUGUAGACCCUUUUGUAUAUUAUUAUGUUUCAGAAGAGUUCAGGGAGAGGGUGUUGGAUCAAUUCCGGAGGAGAUCCAAGAUGUCCAUUUCCUCUGCCAAGACAUCCAAAGAGAUGCUUCCAUCAAGCUGCUCCACGUCACACUCACACUCACACUCAGUAUUGUGAUGUUUCGCUGGCUCCAGAUAUGUUUCACUCUCAGAUGGUAUAGCAAUGAACUCAACAAUGCUUUAUACACGGGAUCAUGGAUUGUGAUUUUUUUUUUUUUAAGGCUUCUUGUCUAUGGCAUUGUAAAACUAAAAUGAACAACUAAAAGACUACUGACUAAGGAGAAAAACAUGUACAAAGUGUCCAGAAAAUUCUAUAAUCAAUAAACUAUAUUGUGUAACACUA